AUGUUCCGCAAUAUUCUGAAGUCCCGUGCUACAUCGACGCUGACUGGUGUUAUGCUCGGCACUGCCGGUGCCGUUAGCUACAGCAUGUCUACCAGCAACGCUUUGCGCAAUGAGACUGCAGGCCAGCUGGUGCCCAAGCAAUGGGUCCCUUUGAAGCUCAAGAGCUCGAAAGAUGUCUCCCACGAUACCAAGGAGAUUAUUUUUGACUUGGAUAACGACAAGAUUCUUGGUGGAAGCACCGCCUACUGUGUUCUUUUCAAGUUCAUGCAGGACGGCAAGCCAGUUGUCCGUCCGUACACUCCCGUUUCCGACCCCAGCACCGUCGGUGAGGCCGUCUUUGUGAUCAAAAAGUACCCCGGUGGUGCCAUGGGUACUCAUGUCCACGACCUCAAGCCUGGUGAGACCAUUGACGUUCAGGGCCCCAUCCCCAAGUACCCUUUCGAGAAACCCAACAAGCACAAGAAGAUUGUCAUGCUUGGUGGCGGCAGUGGUAUUACUCCUUUGUACCAGGUUCUCGCUCAUAUCGCCAAGGAUCCUGAGGACAAGACCGAGGUGCACUUGCUUUACGGCUCGCAGACUCCUAACGACAUUCUGUUGAAGAAGGAGAUUGACAACGUCGUUGCCAAGAAACCCGGACAGCUCAAGGUUACCUAUUAUGUUGACAAGGGUGACAAGAGCUUCGACGGCAAGGUUGGCUAUAUCUCAAAGGAGGACGUAGUUGCCAUUGUCAAGCCCGAUGAUGAGAAUCACCGUGUCUUUGUCUGCGGUCCUCCCGGUUUCAUGAAGGCUCUUUCUGGCCCCAAGAAGAGCCCCACCGACCAAGGUGAUCUCACUGGUUCUCUUCAAGAGCUUGGUUUCACCAAGGACACUGUCUUUAAGUUCUAA